CCGGUUAUUUGACUCUUCUCACCAACGCCGAUUCAAAGCCUAGGAACGGGUGAUUUCAGCAGUGGCCAAGACGUCUACGACACCCAUUGCAAUAAGAAGGACGGAGGCAGCAUUUGGUCCGACCUUUUUGAAUUCCGGCCAAUCUGAGUACACAACAUCACCAAAUCAUCAAACGAUAUUUAUCUUUCCAACUUCAACAUCAAUUUACAGUAAGACUUUAGCACUGACGGGCGGAAGAAGUUAUGUUAGUUGUGCAAACAACUUUAUGCAAUUUGUGAAUUUUGCCUUAAAGUAGUGAAGACCUACAAUUACAACGAUCACCACUUGGAAAAGGCCAACUUUGCGGUACAACGGUGCUGAAAGCAAAAACGAGAUGAAUAACAAAACUCUUGCGCGACGACCACCUCUGUCACCGGAGUUAGCUUCCCUUAUAAACACGGUAGAUGUAGUGCAUCUGAUAUCUGGAGUUUAUCUUUCCAUUAUCGCUGUCCUGACGAUAAUUGGAAAUGGCCUGCUUCUCUUGGCUAUCAUGAAAGACCCUUUCAAGUCAUUCCGAACACCCACAACCCUCUUUGUGGUAAGUCUUGCGGUAGCGGAUUUCCUUACUGGUGCCGUUGUGGAACCGUUGACAGCUUAUAUUUACAUUGGUGUAUACCUUAAAUUUCAUCUUAAUCCAGAAAAGCAGAAGGCAUUUAACAAUUGUCAAAAUUUUACCUCGCGCUUCUCCUUUGUUACCAUGAACGCAUCUUUCCUGAUUUUACUGGCAUUGACGUUUAGUCAGUACGUGGCCAUAUCGUUCCCGCACAAGCACCGCUCUGUUGUCAACCAUAGAAAUGUUAUGAUCGUUUUGAUCGUAAUAACGAUAUAUUCAGUUCUGUUCUCACUUCUUCCCGAAUAUAACGUCUCUCUUAGAUUGAAGUUGGAAAUAGAUGUGCUUUUAAACACCAAUGCCAUUGCCCUCGUAUUACUCCUGAGCUAUGGGCUCCUCUAUCGAGCUUAUUAUUUACAUCUUAGUCGUGUGAGCUCAUUGGACGAAAACGAGGCCGCACGGGCUCGUAGGAAAGAGCAAGAACGCGAAUUUACCACGGUUAAUUUACUUUUGGUGACAUUUUUUCUUGUAUUUACUCUGCCUUCCAUUAUUCUUUGGAAUCUCAGGCUGUAUAAGUAUUACGAUACUCGUUCUCUACCCCCUGACCAACAGCUGAGACUUUCUCUUGCACGUGCGCUUAUUUUUGAUGUUUUUGUCAUGAAGUUUGCUCUUGAUCCAUGCAUUUAUGCGUGGAGAUUGUCCAAAUACCGUCAGGCAAUCAAAAAGGUUAUUAAGUGUGGACAAGAUGUUUCUGAAAUCGACGCAAGCACUUCUACGAACACAACUUCACUCCAAAGUUCAAAAUACGCCGGAGUCGAUAGCCAAAAAGGUCAAGAGAGGGGUCGGUCUGGCUCUACUGCUCUUCCCCUUAAUCCGCAUCAUCAGGAAAUUCCAGGGCCAUAAAUUAAAUAUAAUAAGGAUAAGUGACCGAACUAAGUUGGCUUGUGAAAAAAAAAAAAAGGAAAAAAAA